AUGGAUAAUUUACUCUGCGACGAGUCAUGGCUCUCGGAUCCUCUAACUCCAGAGCCUUUACCCCACUCCCGCUUUAACAUUCACGAUGGUCAAGUUGCGAUGUCUCCGGGCAUGGAUGCAGCAACGGUAGAGGAAGCCAUUUCUAUAGAUUUGGAGAAAGAAUCAUGUUUCAGUAAUCAUGGAGACAAGUUUGUUGAGUUUCUUGCUUCUAAGAAGUUAAUCAAUGCUAGGGUUGAGACAGUUCAAUGGCUCAUUCAGACUCGGAGUCGGCUUAAUCUUUCAUUUGAAACGCUUUUUUCUGCGGCAAAUUGUUUUGAUCGGUUUGUCUAUGUGACUAGCUGCAACGAAUGGAGUAAAUGGAUGGUGGAAUUAGUCGCAGUAACCUCAUUAUCGGUCGCAUCAAAAUUUAACGAAGUUACUUCUCCUUCAUUUCAAGAACUUCAGAUGGAAGGGCUAGUUCAUGUGUUUCAUCAGAAGACCGUUCUUGAAAUGGAACUCAUUCUCUUGAAAGCUUUAGAAUGGCGUGUUAACUCGGUCACGAGUUUAUCUUUUUCGCAACUUCUGAUGGCCAAAAUCGGGAUAGUAGAAGGAGACAUAAUGAUGAUCCAAAUCACACAACAUCUGCUAGAUGACUUAUGCGAUUUGAAGAUGGUUGAAUAUGCACCAAGUGUUGUGGCGGUUGCGGCUAUGUGGAUUGUCCUAGAAGAGAAAGUAGCUCAAGAAGAAAAUCUUGGGAAUAUUAUGAAUCUUUUUGGACAAGAUCACAAGGAGAGUAUUGCGAAAUGCGUCAAUGUUAUGAGAUCUCGAAACGUUGAAAAGGGAUGGGGAAGAAAUGUAGGUGAAGUGAAGAGUGUUGGGAGUGUGUUGCAGAGAGGUGAUGUGAUGAACAUGAAUGAUAUUUAUCACGGUGGAGAUCUGUCUGCCAUUUUUCCGAUUUUACGCUCCGACGGAGUCAAUAAGAAGAGAGAUAGAGAUUACUAUGAAGACAAGAUUGGUCCUGCAAAAAGAAGGACAUUUGUUAUGUCAGAUUAA